GAGAGCUGGGGCCAACAGGAGGGCUACGGCAAACGCUUUGAGAAGGGUGGUUCCAAGGGCCAGAGCCAGUACAAGGGUCAUGUGCAAUUCAGUGGUCGUGUAGACUUCUCCGGCUGCAGCUCGGAACACUGCUACAGUGGUGAAUACGAGGGCUACGACUGCAAGGACGGUCACUGUGCCACCGUGUGCAAGGGCAGCGAAUGCCACGAGGAGAAGGAAUACGGUCAUGGCUAUGGUUACUAG